UAAGUUUUUGGCACAUUGUCCUUUCCACGUGGGCUCCUUAAAUAUCAGAAAUUGCAUCUUUUGUCCAUUUGGAGGAGAAAUCGAAGAGAAACCAUGCAAGGAGGCUCGCCUAUUAUUGUUUUAAAUCAAUCCACAAGAAGAGAGUCGGGCAGGAAAGUCCAACUUGGAAAUGUACAGGCUGCCAAAACCAUUGCCGAUGUCAUCAGGACCUGUCUUGGCCCUAGAGCCAUGUUGAAGAUGCUAAUGAACCCAAUGGGUGGUAUUGUGAUGACCAAUGAUGGCAAUGCUAUAUUACGCGAGAUCCAAGUACAACAUCCCGCUGCUAAAACGAUGAUCGAGAUAAGCCGAACCCAGGAUGAAGAAGUUGGCGAUGGUACCACGUCUGUGAUUAUUUUAGCGGGUGAAAUGAUGUCAGUCGCGGAACAAUUCUUGGAGGAGCAGAUGCACCCGACAGUCAUUAUUGGGGCUUACCGUCAGGCACUUGAAGAUAUUUUAGGAAUUAUGAAGGAGGAAAUCAGUUUACCAGUGGAUGUUAACGAUCAAGAACUUAUGCGAAAGAUUAUUAAAAGUUCAGUGGGAACGAAAUUCAUUAACAAAUGUGGAAAUUUGGCAUCAGAUAUCGCUUUAAAAGCCGUGAAAACUGUCCUACGAGAGGAUUAUGAUAAGAAGGAAAUCGAUAUAAAGAACUACGCAAAAGUUGUCAAGAUUCCUGGUGGAACUCUCGAAGAAUCCUAUGUUUUAUCGGGUAUAAUGUUAAAUAAAGAUGUUACUCAUCCUAAAAUGAGAAGGAAAAUCGCGAAUCCGAGAAUCCUCUUGUUGGAUUGUCCUCUUGAAUACAAGAAGGGUGAAAGCCAGACAAACAUGGAACUAUCGAAAGAAGAAGAUUUUACACGUGCCUUGCAACUGGAGGAAGAGUUUAUAAAACAAAUGUGCGAUGAUAUAAUUGCUGUCCACCCAGAUCUAGUUUUCACCGAGAAAGGAGUAUCAGAUUUAGCUCAGCAUUAUUUGAUGAAGGCCAACAUAACGGCCAUACGCCGUAUAAAGAAGGGUGAUAAUAACAGACUUUCUAGGGCAUGCCAAGCUACCAUAGUCAACCGAACUGAUGAACUACAGGAGUCGGAUGUUGGUACAGGUGCUGGAUUAUUCGAGAUAAAGAAGAUUGGGGACGAAUAUUUCAGUUUUGUAAUCGAGUGUGACAAUCCAAAAGCUUGUACGAUAUUACUUCGUGGACCCAGUGAAGAUGUUUUACAAGAGGUUGAACGAAAUCUUCAAGAUGCUAUGAAUGUGGCGCGAAACGUUAUCAUGAACCCUAUUCUCGUUCCAGGCGGAGGUUCCUGUGAAAUGGCUUUGUCCCAUGCCCUCUCCGAAAAAGCAAAGUCGGUCCCAGGAAUUCACCAGUGGCCCUACCGAGCGGUGGCCCAUGCAUUAGAAGUAAUCCCAAGGACUUUGAUACAAAACUGCGGUGGAAGUGUGAUUCGGACGUUAACAGCUUUAAAGGCAAAACAUGCUACCAAAGGCAACCAUACUUGGGGUGUGAAUGGUGAGACAGGACAACUAAAGGAUAUGCAAGAACUUGGUGUUUGGGACACCUACUCUGUUAAAGCACAAACUAUAAAGACCGCUAUCGAGACGGCCAUAUUGUUGUUGCGUAUUGAUGAUAUAGUAUCUGGCACGAAGAAAAGUGAAGGUCGCGAGGGAAUACAAUCAGGUGCCCAGCCAACUGAUGCUUCAAUGACUGAAUAGCUUUUUAUUUCUUUCUACCUUUCUUUCUAUAAAAACUUUGAUAUUGUCUGAGGAAAAAAGAUAAACGGUCGUCAAUGUUUAUGCUUGUGUAACAUCGUCAAAUUAAAACAGAUAUGUUAUUUGGCUAUUUUUAUCAGUCCGUUAGCUACGAUAUCAUUUAUUUAUCGAUUUCCUUUUAGCAUGUUUUAAUUGUACCAGGAAUGACAAAUAGGUUUGAAAUAUUAAUGUUGUUUCCUCUCCUUUAUCUCAUUA